CAAGUAGUAAAAGAACUUCCCCAACAAGAGGAGGGGGUGUGGGCGCAUUCAGUCACCCUUCUCCUCCCAUAGUACAACGACCUACAUCUGUGGGUCCCCGGACAAAAAACUUUGCACGAAAUACCAGGAGUGGUACUGCUUCUAGUACAACUAGAAAAGGUACAUCGCGUGAACGUCCACAUCAACAAGAAGUAGAACGCAAUCGACAGCAUAAUCAUGAACAUGCAGUACAAAAUCCCGCUCAUUUUCCCAAGACCUGGGAUGCUGGGUUACGAGCAGCUUUGUUAGAGCGUGUGAAGUCUGGUGUAAGUAACGGUUUCCGUCUGGGAUCCAAGUAUAGCAUUGCGGACUUGUCAACAGAAACGAACGCCUUGAUUUUGCGCACAGACACACGGGGACAUCUACUAUGGCACCAUGAGCGAGGUGGGGAAUCAUUCUCUUCGAAGCUGAAAGUUUGCUUGGUGAACGAGAUGGUGGAGCAAGAUGGAAGUAGUUUGAAAUUGCACGUCUUGCGUGAAGAUCCUCAUAGUUUUUAUC